ACAAUCUCUCAUAUUCUUCACAUAUCUGGGCAAUGGGUCAGGGCGACUAGACGGAAGCCCUUUCUCAAGAAAAACAUCCAAGCUCAACUAAAUCACCACCAGGCCAUGUGUUCAAGCCAUGUGCAAAAUGCAUUACAGUCUAUAUAUAUAUGAGAUUAAUUUCAAAAGUUAUAACUAAAACACUAUGUUUGGUGCAAAAAAAAUAUGACCACCAAUAGAUCACCAUACCCAGGGUGCCCACCACCAUAACAUGGGGGUGGUAGCAUCAGGUUUAGGACUGCUUUUGUUCAUCCAGAGGGCUUUUAUCAAGGUGAAGGGAAAUCACAAAUAGCUACAAAUAUUGCUAAAAAUAUUGCUACAAAUAUAGCUAAAAAUAAAGAUUUUAGCGCAAAACCUUUUGGUGUCUGCUAGUAAUGCUGAGUGACUCACCCAGAAAGGCAGAGUAAGUGGUUUAAUAAAAUCAGCAGGUGCAUCAACACAGCAUGAGUUUAGGAGUGAGCUCAGUCAACAACUCUGUUACUGUAAGUUUUUUAUUGCAUUGUAUGAUUCUGUUUGUUAUUCUGACAUUUUAAAGGGGGUGUGUAGAUUUUUUACUUUCAUUGGACAGCGAUCUCUCUCAUGCGCACACAUACACAAACACACACACACAGCAAAUUAAUCUAGAACAUGGAUAUGAGAUCAGAGGUGGGUAGGCGUCCCUUUCCUAAUCUGCUGAGGGGUCAGAGGAUAAAACCGCCCCAUCAGUAGUCUCUUCCUGAGAAAGCCCAGUGUAGCCACCCACACUUCCAGCAGAGACGGAGAAACAUACAACGGGCGGUGUGGCAGACUGCCAGUCAGCUGCAGUGUAAAAUCAGGCUGAAGCUCUACAUCAGGGAGAGAAUACAGAGGGGGUUGAAUACGAAACAGCCACUAACUAUCAGUGGUUUCAACAAAACAAACAACAGCUAUGAAUCUCGAGCCCCCUAAAUCUGAAUUUAAGUCAGCUACCCGAGUGACUGGAGGCCCAGCCACACCACGCAAAGGCCCACCCAAAUUUAAACAGAGGCAAACUCGCCAGUUUAAGAGCAAACCACCAAAGAAGGGAAUUCAGGGAUUUGGAGACGAUAUCCCUGGUAUGGAAGGUUUAGGCACUGACAUCACAGUCAUCUGCCCUUGGGAGGCCUUCAGCCACUUGGAGCUGCACGAGCUGGCUCAAUACGGCAUCAUCUGAGUUCACCAUCUCCCCACCAUCCUUUUCACUUUCCCCUUACAUUCUGCCUCCACCCUGGCCAUGGGCUCCUGUGGGUCCAUUUGCACGCACACCUCAUCAUAGAGCAAUAAAAAAAAUGGAAAAAUCAGAGGAAAAAAAAAAAAUAACAAAAAAAAAACCUUAUCUAACUAUCCACCUCAUGGUUUCUUUCUUCUAUGCUCGUCAGUUAACUCAAGAUCAGCAUACAUGUUUGUGUUUGACUUAUUGGCUGUCAGAUCGCACUCAGUUAUAUUAGUACUCGUUCUGUCCUUUCUCCGUUUCGCUGUGAUCUGUCUUUCAUAUCUGUAUCGUCCUUUGUCUGGGAACAGAACUACAAACUUAAGCAAGCAAGACAGCCUCAAAGUGAGUUUAAGUGUUGCACCCGUGAAAUGAUCGGCUUCUCAUUUCAUGUGUCCUGGCCUCUCUGGUGACAUUGCAGAGGUUUAUCUAUUUUUUUUAUUAUUAUUAAAAAAGGUCAUACUCCUGUAGACAUAGGAUACUGAUCGACUGCCUGACCAUUAAUGAAUAAAUGUGACACCCUUUUUUUUAACACACUUGUGUUAAAAACCAAACCCAACCAAAAGAAAUCCUGCUGAUUUAGUUUUUGCUGAUUUACACUACUGACUCUUUAGGCAUUAUCCUACUUGCCCUUUUCUUCUUUAUUAUUAAUUGUAUCAUACACACUUCUGCACUCAGAAAUAAAAC